ACAAAGGUCCAUCCCCUUCCUCUCUCCCCCAUUUGUUCGGCCAAGCUACAGAAAAAGAGAAGGAAAACUCUCCAUUCUUCCUCCCUCCAUUGUUGAAGAGAAAUCAUCAAGGAAGAAUCACCCAAAAAGGAGCUAAAGUGCUAAAAGUGUGAAAUAAUUAAGGCACUUGUAAAGGGUAUUUCAAGUGAUUUCACAAAGUUGGAAAAAGUCGCCGGAGUUGUCGCCGGAGUUGACCAAGUCGCCGGAGUUUCACCGGAGUUCAACCAAGAAGGGUAGAACUUCUUAACGCUAGUUCAAGGUUGAAGCUAGAGCUUGCUACUUGCACCUUCUCACGGGUGAUAUCAAAUCAGGGAGACGUGGUUCGUGCUUCCUUAUUUUCUUUCAAACUACCGAACACUUGCUCAUGGAUAUUUGUUUUACUACAAACUAUUUUUGGGGCUUGCAUGCCCAUGUUGUCGGCCGGUUGUGGCCCAUGACUUACCGUUGAAUAUUUCCGCUAUUCAUUGGUUUAAUGUGAUGUUGUUAUGUAUGUUUACUACUGAGUAUGGAUGGAUUGUUUUCUCGAACGCCUUGUGUAAUUAAGUGAGGUUGACCCGUGGGUGACGUCACUUAGUUAUACGGCGGUUGUACACGCGCUUGGAUUGCGGUCUGGGGCGUGACAAUUAAGUGGUAUCAGAGCCAUCUCAGUUCUAAACUAUAUAAUCAACCUCUCACAAAAGAAUUUGCAAAAGAGUUUUUACCGAAAACCAUGAGCAUUGUAUUUUGACGUUUAUAGGACUAUUGGUGCUUAAGUUGCAAGGCCUCUAAUUGUUAAGACGGUACCCUUAACAAUUGGUAUGGUAGUGACUUGGGCCAAUACGUGUCUAUAACGUUCUUCCGUCAAUUGACAUUUAUAGGAGUCUAAUGACUCAUCCAUAUUUCUUUCAGAAAUUGAGGGCAGGCGAAUGAGGACCAGGAACAAUCCGAGGGGGCAGGCUCCGGGAGCAUCCCAAAGGGGGAGCCGGGCUGCAUCUCGGGGUUCGAGAGGAGGCCGGGGAGGCCGUGGAAGCCGUGGAGGUCAUCAAGCUCAAACUGUGAGUGAUGGCCAUGUGAGCUCGGUGUAUGAGACCAACACCGAAGACUACGACUCAACCUACGUGCCAGAGACGGAGCAUGAAGAGACCCCGUAUGAUGGGGGUGACACGUACACCGAUGAUGAUGAUGAAGAGAGUGAUGCCAAGUUCGCCCAAAUGGGCGAAUUGCUUGAAUGGUAUCAAAAAGAAAAAUUGAGGAGGGACCUUAGGCGCCAAGCGAGGCGUGGCUCUCGCGGUGGUUCGGGUCAAGGAAGCCGGGGAGCUUCCGUGGCCACCCCAGCGGCGUCACAAGGUGGGCGUGAAGGAGGUUUUGUCGUGAGAAUCUCCAAGUACCUCAAGGAGGCUAGGGCCUUGGGGUGUAGGUCCUUUGACGGCACCGGUGACAUUACCGUUGCCGCCGAUUGGAUUAAGAAGGUGAAGGAUGCAUCAAGAGACAUGCAAAUCACACCGGACGUGAAGUUGACUGUCGCUUCACGGCUACUUGAAGGGAUAGCUUCUACGUGGUGGGAGAGCGUGGAAGGGAAGUACCAUGGGGAAAUAACAUGGGCGGACUUUGAGCUAGAGUUCUAUGCUCAAUACUACUCCGAGUACGAGGUGAAUGUGAAACGGAGAGAGUACACUAACCUCAAACAGAAAGAGGGCGGCACAGUUAAGCAACUGGAACAAGAGUUUAGAACCUUGGCUAGGUUCUUGCCGGAGUACGCGGUUGAUGAGAACCGCAUGACGGAGCACUUUUGGGAUGCCCUACUCUUGGACAUCCGUGACCAAGCUACGUACUCGCGCCACAUGACCUUCAGUGAGGUGGUGGAGCAGGGCCUUCUCGGGGAGGCCCAAUGGAAUGAGAGAAAAGAGAGAGACGCCGAGGAGGCGAAAAAGAGGAAAUGGCAAAGUUCGGGGCCGCCCGAGCAAGCACGAAAGGAUAAGCACGGUGGAGGUGGCGGUUCGUUCAAGACACCGGCACCACCGGCAAAGAAGAACAGGGAUGCUCGGUGGCAUGCAUCCUCCUCACAAAGGACGGGGCCUCCAAAGUGUGCCAAUUGUUCGAAAAAUCAUUUUGGGAAGUGCAAUGCACCCCCAAGGUGUUAUCAAUGCGGGAACACGGGCCACAUGAAGGCAAAUUGCCCACAAUUAGGGGGAGGAGGAGCCUCGGGAUCCGGAGGAGGAACCAUGACGGGAAGAAACCGUGCGGGACCGUCAAACGGCGGUACGGGAAGAGGCGGCGCGUCCACAAGCCAUGCCGCGUCCGUAAAUCAAGGCGGGACCCAAGCACGAGUGUACGCAAUGACCGAGGCGGAUGCGCGAGCAAACCCGGACUCCGUUGCAGGUUGAAGCUAGAGCUUGCUACUUGCACCUUCUCACGGGUGAUAUCAAAUCAGGGAGACGUGGUUCGUGCUUCCUUAUUUUCUUUCAAACUACCGAACACUUGCUCAUGGAUAUUUGUUUUACUACAAACUAUUUUUGGGGCUUGCAUGCCCAUGUUGUCGGCCGGUUGUGGCCCAUGACUUACCGUUGAAUAUUUCCGCUAUUCAUUGGUUUAAUGUGAUGUUGUUAUGUAUGUUUACUACUGAGUAUGGAUGGAUUGUUUUCUCGAACGCCUUGUGUAAUUAAGUGAGGUUGACCCGUGGGUGACGUCACUUAGUUAUACGGCGGUUGUACACGCGCUUGGAUUGCGGUCUGGGGCGUGACAUCUCAUGGGGUCCUGGGACCCUGUUGACUUUAAAAAAAAUACCUAUAUAUAUUAUAUAUAUUUUACUAAGAGGUUGGAG